GUAUUUUUUAAGCUACAGCCACACUAAGUUCGCCGGCGUAAACAAUUCUUUAAACUACUCAAAUUAAUAAAAAAAAAUAUGAAAGAAAAGGAUUUGAAACGUGCCUACAAUAAUGUACUAGCACAGGCUAUAUCCAGCUCUCAUCAGCACCUAUUUGCGGGUAAUCUGUUCGGUGAUAUAUUCGUGCUCAGCAUUAAGGAACUAGAUAAAGGUUCCGAAGAGCCGCCUGGCAAACUAAAGAUCUUCCCUCAGGGCAGCGAUGUGGAUAUCAAUUACCUGGCCUUUCAUCGUGAUUUUCUGAUAAUAGGUGCCGUUGGUCUUAUUUACGGAUUGAAAUGGGACGAGGAGGAGGAAUCCUUGGCCACAAAACGAUCAUGGGAGGUAAAGAUACCCAUGCAGGUGGAUGCUGUGGAAGUGCCAGACGUAAACUCCAUGUGGCUGGACUCGGAAAACAGCAUUCUCUUCGCCGGCUGCGGCGAUGGCGUGAUCUACCAAGUGAGUUUGGAGGAUGGAUGCAUUCAGCGAGAAUAUCGCGGUCACACGGACUACAUCCAUAGUGUGGUGGGUAAUUCUGACGGGCAGAUAUUUUCCGGAGCCGAAGAUGGUACUGUGCGAGUGUGGAGCACUAAGCAGCAAGAGCAAACUGCUAUGCUGGAGCCGUACAAGAAUCCGGAACUAUUGCGGCCAGAUUGGGGCAAGUGGAUUGGAGCUGUGGCUGUCAACGACGAGUGGCUGCUGUGCGGCGGAGGACCCAAGGCAUCCAUUUACCAUCUACGCUCUCUGGAGUGCACCCGUGUUUUUGACUUCCCCGGACGCGUGCAUCUCUGCGAUUUUGUAGACGAUUCUGUUUUUAUUGGCGGAGAACACAACCACGUGCAGUCCUAUACUUUAAAUGGAGUCCUACAAGCCAAUAUACCCGUGGAGCAUACCGCGUGCUACUCUGCGGUUUGGCAAACUUCACCCAUUAAGGUCAUGUCCAUUGCUGGCUUCAGCAACAAGCUGCACAUCCUUAAGGAUUUCCGAUUCCUGGACAGCAAAAUUGAUCUUUAUGGCAAUGUUCUGGGCGAAGAAAAUACUCCGCAAGAAGAGGAUGAACUGAUCGAGGAACCUCUGACAGUGGAAGCAGCUUGAAGGUUUAAUAAAAUGUUUCUUUAAUUGUCAA